AUGGUUGGUUCAAUUAAGGUACCACUGGGAGAAUUCGAAAAUAAUGAAAAUACUGAUCCAUUCGCUCUCAAAGAGAUACAUCUCAACGAUGAACUAUUCCUUCGGCUCAAACAUGUUCAUAUUAAUGCAAUAGGAUAUGAAUUGGCGAAAAUACUUGGAGAAAUCAAAGAAGAUGAACAGGUUAUGUCCAAACUAAGGCUGCUAUAAUU